UUCUGCUUUAUUUUGGUAGAUAUUCGAGUAAAUAACAUAAAGAGCUCCUCUUUAAAGAUAACUAAGAAGGAUCAACAACAGGACUUUGUGAAUCGCAACCAAAGUCUCAGCUACCUAAAAGAAUAAUUUAUACUUUUCUUUCGUAAACGGUGAUUUAACAGAGAUAGAACAUUUUCCUUUCUUAAGAGGAUGAAAUAAAUUCCUAACAAUAAUUUUAUUAAUAAAUUUGGGAUUUCUUUCCGAAGUGUUUUUGAAGAACGCAAGGGAAAAGAAUGAAAGCGCUUAAAGCUUUAGGCUUUGCUAUGAUAUUUGCCGCAACUUGCGGAAGCAACGGAUUUGCAGGUCUAUCAGGAAAUACUAAGGAACUUUUAAAACAAUCACCACUGGAGCAAUUUCUGGAGUUCCAAGAUGUGGAGCAAGAGAUAAUGAUGCUUCAAAAUAGCACUCGAGACAAUUGUGAUUGUGGACCAAAAGGCAAAGGCUGCGAGUAUGUGAAAGGGAGCAGAAAAUGUAUAUGUGAAAAGGAUUACGUCGAUUACAAAGGAGUAUGCCAAAGGUGCUCGUGUAAAAUACCUGACCAAAUUUGUAUUUUGAACUGGUCAGAACGUUAUUGUAGAUGCCCGAAUGGAUACGCAGAGAAGUAUGAACGAUGUGCAA